AUGUGUUCAUUGAAUCAGUUCUUUAAUGCUGUAAACUAUGCUUUACGUGUAACAAAUUAUGACAAUCUGUUUCUGAGAGUUAAACAAUAUCAAAUUUUAGAGUCGAUAUUACGGAAGAGAGACACAAUCGGAAUACUGCCAACUGGUUAUGGGAAAUCGGUUAUAUUCCAUCUAAUUCCGUUCGCGGCUGAUUAUCUUUGUAAAACCAACGUUAAACAAGGACAUACAAAAUAUGGUAACAUUGUUCUGAUUAUAGCACCACUAAACGCCAUAAUUGACGACCAGAUUUCUAAUCUGAAAAAACAUGGAAUUGAAGCAACUGUAUUGAAAACUGUUAGCAUGAACUAUACGACGAAUGAAAAUGACAGUGAAGAAUAUGCAAAUGAAACUGCUUCAGAUAGCGAUUGUGAAGAGCAUACCUUAUUAACAGAUUUAACGCUUGACACUAGCACCGAGAAGGAUAUUAAAGAAGGAAAAUCGAAAAUCAUUUACGCUCAUCCAGAAGCAUUUAUUUCUUGUAAAAAAGGCAGACGGCUUCUGAUGUCAAGCGUUUUACAGCGUAACGUAUUUGCAUGUGUAAUUGAUGAAGGCCACCUUGUUCAAGAAUGGGGAGUAGAAUUUCGUAAAGAUUUCGCUAAACUAUCGCAAUUAGGAUCGCUUUUCCCUGAAUCACCAUUUCUAGUUCUAACUGCAACAGCACCUAAACAUUUACAAGAAGCGUUAACAAGCUCUCUCCUCUUACAAAAUCCUCGAGUAAUAGUUGCCAAUUUAGAUC